AUGGCGCAGCCUCAUGGCCGCCGGCUUGCCCACGAACCCACUCUUGCCCAGGUCGACGGCGUGCCCGAACCCAGCCUCAAACGGCCCUUGCUCGGUCGUGACGUCGACGCCAUACGUCCUGAAGCCGGCCUCCAUCCUCAGGGCCGCGAACGCCGCCUGGCCCGCGGCGACGGCCCCGUGCGCCCGGCCGGCCUCCCACAGCGCAUCCCACAGCCGCAGACCCUGCUCCGCAGAUGUGUAGAUCUCCCAGCCGGGCUCGCCGACGAACGAGUGGCUGACCGCCAGCACGGGCACGCCGGCCACGACGGACGCGCGCACGGUGCUCCUCGGCAUGGCCGCCAGGUCGUCGCUGCAGACCCGCGCCAUGAUGUCCGCGGCGCGCGGGCCCCAGACGCCGACGCCGCACGUCCCGCCCGUGACGUCGCGCACCUGCACGGAGGUUGCCGGCCGAGCUGUCGUCUGCAGCCGGGCCUCGCGCGCCAGGUACGCCGCGUCGACGGCGCCGUUGACCGCCAGCUGGAACGUCUGGUCCGCCAGGCGCGCCACGAAGACGUCGCUCCUCACCCCGCCGUGGUCGUCCAGCAGCAGCGUGAAGGUCACGGCGCCGGGCGGCCUCGACACGUCGCUCGUGCACAGCCGCUGCAGCAGCUCCAGGCUCCCGGGCCCCGAGACGAGCAGCCGGCGGAUGGGGGUGAUGUCGAACAGGCCGGCCGCGGUCCGCGUCUUCCAGGCCUCGGCGGCCACGACGGGGGAGUGGUACCUGGUGGACCAGGCGUCGCGGUCCUUGGGCCUCCAGGCGGGCGGCAGGUCGCGCACGAGGGGCGCGUUGGCCUCGAACCAGUGCGGGCGCUCCCAGCCCCUCGCCUCGAGGAAGUAGGCGCCCAGGUCCUGCGCCUGCCGGGCGAAGAAGGGGCUGACGCGGAGGUUGCGCGGCGACGACCGCGGCUGCAGCGGGUGGAUGACGUCGUAGACCUCGACAAAGGCCGUCGUGCAGGUCUCGGUCACGUACUCGCGCGUGAGCUGCACGUCGUCGAACCGUGUGAUGUCGCAGUCGGCGAGCAGGUCGACGUCCGACUUGCCCGUGGUCAGGAGCUGGGCCACGGCGCGCGCGACGCCGGCCGAGUGCGUGACCCAGACGGCCUCGGCGACGAAGAAGCCGUCGAGGUCCGGGGCCUGGCCGACCAGCGGCCCGCCGUCGGGCGUGAAGGACAUGAUGCCGUUGAAGCCCGUCUCGACCGUGGUGUCUGCGAGGGCCGGGAGCAGCUUCUUGCUCAGCUCCCAGGCCGGGGCGAAGUCUUGUGGGGUGAAGGCCAUGCGGGACGGCAUGUUUUGCUCGUCGACGUGGCGCGGGGUCGGGCCCAGGGAGGAUGCGGUCACGGGCAAGGGCCGAUGGCCGUAGUAGCCGAUGCCGACCUGCUCGCCGUGCUCGCGGUAGUAGAGGUCUCGGUCUUGGUGGCGGAGGAUGGGGAGCGUGGCGCCGUUGGGGAGCGCGUUCUUGCCCCUCAGCGUCGGCACCGACGUGGUCUUGGCGUACUGGUGGCCCAUGGGCUGCAGGGGCACGCGCAGGCCGACCAUGGCGCCGAGCUCGACGCCCCAGAAGCCCGCGCACGACAGCACCAGGUCGGCCGGGAUCGUCGCCCCGGUGCCGACCUCGACGCCCGUGACGCGCUUGUCUUGUUGCUGGAUGCCCGUGACGCGCGUGUGCUCCAGGUAGCGGACCCCGGCCUUCCGCGUCCUCUCGAUCAAGACCUGCACCGCCUUGGCCGCCAGCGCAAGACCGUCUGUGGGGAACAGCAGGCCUCCGAGGACGACGUCUGGGCCCAGCAGGGGGUAGAUCCUGCGGCACUGCUCCGCCGAGAGCAGCUCCGCGUCGAUCCCCCACGAGCGGGCGUAGCCAUAUCUCCGCUUGAGGUCCUCGAGGCGCUCUGGGGUCUCGGCGACCUCUAG